GUCGCUGCUGCGGGGCGAUCGCUGAAGCGCCGUCGCUCGUUCCCGCCUCGCGAAGCCCGGGCUCGCCACGCGCCGAUCUUCUUGUGCUCGGCGGUUUUGUGUGGCCUGCCGCCGAGUUCUUCCCAUUCACUCUGGCUGUGGACCAUUUGCACGGACCUGUUAUCAACAACAAUCGGCAGUCGGGCCGGAAGAUGCGAGCCUCGUUCCACAUCCGGUACCAACUUCCUCCACUUAUGAAACGAAAAAUGGCGCCAUCUGCACAGGUUUCAUAGAAACAUACAUUGCAGUGCCGUAAGAAAGAAAAACUUAAGGCCUUCGUGUAGCUCUAGAGUUGUGUCGGCCACUAAAUGUUUGCCUAGUGCCAUAAGUGAGCGACGAAGCGACGUUAUUUUUUUUUUUUGCAAUAAGCAGGAAUACGCUGGCCCCUACCUCUUUUUCCAUGGACUGUGGCCGCCAAUUGUAAAACAUAUGACACCGAAGUAGACACGUCGUGAAAGAAGUCUCGGUGGCCACCCGUCACCACAGGAGAGCGGCGUGCAUCAUUCGGAACAAGCGAGACAAGGAAGAAGAAAACGGUUUUGCCCAACUCGACUGACUCACGAACGUGAAGCUAUACAUAUAAGUCUCGGCUACGCACCGGUUUGCAACAAAACAAUGCUGCCUUAGACUCGCUGCAACAUAAAAGCCACCCCAAACUAUGAAAAGUGUCACUGUGCGGAAUGUGAAGCCCUCGUAAGACCAGUCGCCUGUAUUCGUAUCUUGUGCUGUUAAGGAAAAAACUUGCUAACUGGUCGCACACCAAAGGGCCCAUUUCAAUACAGCAAGACCACUGAUAUCGUGCCGAGGCUACUUAUUAAGUCGGAAAAUGGUGCGAGUUUUCUCGUAGCUGCGCCUUCUGUCUCAGUGCGCCAAUAGGGGGCCGAUCCAGUAAGCUUUAGACUCCCUGCGUGAAGCUCAAAUUCAAACAACGGACACCCAACGACGCUUUUAGCUUGUGAGCGGAUCCUACCAGUCUGGACCCUCUUCUUGGAGAGAAAGCCUCCCGCACGAGCUUCGCCAUUGUCAAGAUAACGCAAAGUUUUCUCAUUUGGGACUGAGAAUAUCCUGACUGACCCAGGCACCGCGAUGCAAAUGAGCCUCCUCGAUUCUGCCAGGAAAGACUGCGAGGCUAACGACAGCAGCGCCGUCUUCGACUCGGGUGGAAUCCUGAGCUGUCCGCAAACGUGGGACGGUUUGGUGUGCUGGAGGGCGACGCCAGCUGGCACCGUGGCCCGGACGCAGUGCCCGAGCUACGUCUUCGGCUUCGACACAUCAGAAAUGGCCACAAAGAAGUGCUUGGAGAAUGGCACGUGGUUUUUCAACCAAACAAUGAAUCGAACAUGGACCAACUACACCCUCUGCGCGCCGGAUCAAUACAUACCUUCAGAGAACAUAUCCAUUUUUGAGCCUCACCUCACCACCAUUAAACUCAUCUCUAAAAUUGGCUACAGCGUAUCACUGGUCACCCUAGUCGCUGCAUUCGUGAUACUGGCAUCUAUCAAGCGCCUGCGCUGCCCCCGUAACAGCCUGCACAUGCACCUCUUCAUGUCCUUCAUCCUGCGGGCGCUUGCAUUUCUGCUGAAGGAUGCACUUUUCAUUGAAGGUGUUGGACUUAGCGGCAACGUCGACUUCAAUAAAGAGAACGUCGACUGCAAGGUGUUCACCAGCUUCUGGCAUUACGUGCUGAUGGCCAACUACUGCUGGAUUCUCAUGGAGGGCCUCUACCUCCACAGCCUCGUCUUUCUAGCCUUCUUCACGGACAGCUCCAGCAUAUUGCGAUACGUCGCCCUAGGUUGGGGCCUUCCAGUACUAUUCAUUGUUCCUUGGGUUGUUGUUAGGGCGACGCUGGAUGACACCCUCUGCUGGACGACGAACCCGAGGCAAGAUUUGUUCUGGAUCAUACGUGGGCCAAUCACCGCUUCCAUUGUGGUGAACUUCAUCCUCUUUCUAAACAUCACGCGUGUGUUGUUCGCCAAACUAUUUGCCUCACAAACGCCACAAGCAAGGAAAUACCGCUACAGGAAGUGGUUCAAGUCGACGCUUGUGCUCGUGCCGCUGUUCGGCGCCCACUACGCGUUCCUGUUGGGCAUGUCACUCGCUGCCGCCGGAGACUUGCUGGAACUCGUGUGGCUCUACAUCGACCAACUGUUCUCCUCAUUCCAGGGGUUUGUGGUGGCGCUGCUGUACUGCUUCUUGAACGGCGAGGUGCAGACGGAGCUUCGCAAACUGAUCGAGAGAUGGCGCUGCGAUCGCCAAGGACCCGGCCGAAGCGACAAGCAGCUCCAGCAUCGCCACUCGCUCUUCACCCAGUCUGUCACGUUCCUCAGCAGAGGUCGGAGUUCCAUCCAAUCAUUGCACUCCGUGGACAAGCGUGAAACCAAGAGCCCCUCUCCCAACUCAGCGAUGCAGGCCCGCUCCAGCCAGAGACUUCUGAGCAAUGCCGACCAGCUGGACACUGCCGGACGCGUUGAGGAGUAUCAGGACAGUCCGAGAGAUGUCGGAAGACACGAGGACAGGACAACACCCAUCAGCCAGCGCAAUGGCGACAUAGCGGCGCGAUGGGAUAGUCCUGAGCCCGUGGACACGAGCAAGGACAACCUGCUUGAGAAGGAGACCUGUCUUUAAGCCGACAUUUAUAGCGCUGUACUCGUGCGCUGCAAACUAGCUAGCCUAAGUUGGCGCUAUCGUUGAUUAUUUUCAAAAGACUGCUUCAGUGUGCGAUAAUGUUGCCAACCAGACAGGGAGAAAAGAAAAACGCCGCCGUUUGCAGUUUUCGCCAGAGCUUACUCGACGUGCGCCUUACUUUUUCGUUCUGCCUUGCGUUGGCUCAGUUUGCUGUUGUAGUGUCGAAAAUUACAGUAUGUCACUUGCCCACAAAUCCGGAUUGGGCGCUCUGUGAGACACCAGCUUCGCGCACACCACGGAACCACAGAAAGUUCGCGCUUGAUACAUUUGCUUGGAAAUCGACUUGUGUCAACAUAAUCCGACACAGUUGACCCUACAGUUCUAUUUACGAAGUCAGCGGGUGAUCACAGCGAACUGUGCCACAUCUUAUGACCAUCGGCUUUUUACGUGUGUCAUUCAGGUUUGUGCAGCGGUGUCUAAUCGCACGACGCGGCUACCAUCAGCCUGCAUGCGUAAGUUAAACGUAGAACUCUACCUUAACAGCCCCGACCAUAAGUUAAGACAUUUUGCCCUGACAGUUGUACGUAGGAUUCCGUACUAGAUUAAUUGACGUUUUAUGUGCGUGUACGUGCGUGUACGUGCGUGUGCCUGUGUGUAUGUGUUGGUGUGCGGGUGCGUGCGUGCGAGCUUGCGGGUGUGGGUGUGUAGGCAUGCAUGGGUGUGUGCGCGCAUGCGAGUGUGAAUGUGUGUGUGCAGCUGAGUUGGUGCGUGCGUGCGUGCGGGUCACGGUGCGGGUGUAUGUGUGUGCGCGCGGAAGUGUGGGUGUAUGCGUGCGUGUGUGUACGUUGGUCGGCGUGUGUGUGCGUAGGUGUGGAUGUAUGCGUGUGUAAGUGGGCGUAUGCGUGCGUGCGUGCUUGCGGGGGUGUGUUUUUGUGUGCGUGCGUACGUGCGUGCGUGCGUGCGUGUGUGUGUGUGUUUGUGUGUGUGUGUGUGUGUGUGUGUGUGUGUGUGUGUGUGUGUGUGUGUGUGUGUGUGUGUGUGUGUGUGUGUGCGCGUGCGUGCGUGCGUGUGUGUUUGCGCCCGCCUAUACAGACAACAGAAACGUCAUUGCGAGUUUCCCAAAACGUCGCGAAGUCCUAGCCCGAAAAGAUAUGCCCGUUUUUCAAGCAUGUCAUCAAACACAUGUGCAGUAUAACAAUACACCACAAAGUACUUGUAACCUGUGGGUAGUCCGUUUCUAAAAAUUCCUCAAAACAUAGCGCACUUUAUAGGUUCGAACGUUGCCACAUUGUAAUAUGCUACUUUCAAUUUUCCCAUCCUGUUUGCUGAAAAUAAGUUAUGACAACACAACCUUUGUUGAUCCCUGCACUUCUUGUAUCAGACACGCUGGAUGCUCGUAAAACCAUCUGUGCUACUCGGUAGCUAAAAUGAAAUGUUUCCUCACUGCGUUUUGCCCACAACAUGUUCCUUGCGUUGUCCUGGCCGCUUGUUGCUCGCACUUAUCGCGAGUACGUUUUGUUCUGCGGUCUAUUUCGAGCCAUCUGUUGAUGUUCGCUGACGGCUCAAUUGUGCACCUGCUUGCGCCGUUGCUGUUCCCCUGUCUGACAACCGAAACAUAAGCUGGUUUCCCCACCUUCGCUGUGUCUUUUCAUUAUUUCUGCUAAGUCAAGUGCUACGAUGCAUUUAUUUAGUGGCUGCGAAAGGCUUGGCUCUGUUUUAUCGCAGCUUCCUGGUCCAUCCAGCCAGCUCUCACGACCAUAAACCGUUGGACUAAAUUGGAGUAUACUUCGAGUAUACCUCGAAAAUGCAAAAAUAAGAGGGUUCAGUAAUUAUUUGCAACGCCGAUAGUUAGGUCAGGCAUAUUACAGUUUCACCGUACUUUACACUUAAGACGCUUCCCAUUUCCACCAAAUGUAAGCUCGAUGUCACGAAGAAUUCUUUCAGGACAAUGGGGAACAUACCGUAAAAUGGCCAUAUAACGCUUUUGAGCACUUGCUAAAGAAUGUUUUUUACAGAGGCCUCCUUUGAUUCACACAUAUUUGAUCCUAUUGAACUUCGUAGACACAUUCGACAUGGUGUCACCCCGUUCUCGGUAAGUUUGCUUUUAGUGGCACUUAUUUUUUGUCAGAGCACCAGGAUAAGUUCAGGUGCUUCGAAAAACUCUCUUAAACACACUCUGAAGCAGUUGCAUAUGUCAUUUGCUGAUAGAGCCGUAAUUAUUCCCCACACUUUGAACUUGGCCUACUUAUUCCCCAUACCCUGCCAAUAAUAUUAACCAAAUAUAGACAAGGUGCUUUGUUUACUACAGAAGACACCGAACUAACGUACUAUGGACAUCGUACAACACAUAAAUAUACCGAAAAAGUGGAAGUUAUGUAAUUAUGCGCAACGCUUUUAAUUAAGCCGAUACAUUUAGGUAUCCUUGCGCAUUGCAGUCAAGGUCGCUACCAAAUAUAAACUUCGUGUUGCGUUGAGUUCUCUCGAGACAUUGAGCAGCGUUGCUGAUAACGGUAGUAUAGCAGUUUCGAACUCUCGCUCAAUAUGUUUUUAAAGCCUAAGUUUGACGCUCAUGAAUUUUAUUUCACAUGGCAAUUUCCAAUAGUAGAUGAACUUCGGAUUUCUCGCCAAGUUUGAUUUUGGUGGUAGUCGUAGUCCUCCCAGGGCAGUGUGACAAUUACUGCGUUUUUCGCACAACAUGAUUAUAAUGCUCCGGUUAUAACGCGCUUAAAUACGCGCUUAUAAACACGUCUAAAACAGACCUAUCAGGCCUCUUAUUUUGACCAAAUAUUAGCAAAGUGUCUUGUCCAGUUCGCCGAGUGCAACGGGAAAAUCAUGUACGAAUCUGGAAUUAUGCAUGAGAAUAGGGAAAAAGCGAAGGUUCAGGAAUCAUUUGCAGGGCUUGUAAUUAAGCCAGAAAAGCAGAAGUUUCGUGAAACGUUAUAUAUAUAAUCCCACCACCCCCCCUUUCUAAAUAUAAACAUGUAAACAUGUAGACAUAUGAACAGGUGGCCACAAUGUUAUAAUUUUAAAUAAAAAGUUGGAGAACAAUUUUUUUUUUCUUCAUUAGCGUUUUCAAGCUUACGUUUACAUAACCGAACAAUUUCAGUUGCGUAGAUUGAAAUUUGGGACAGCAUCUUCUUUUUCAAAUGAUUGCAUCAUAAUUUAAUUGUAUCUAGCCUUCUUUUUAUGUUUAUGAUUUGCAGCAUAAAGGGGUGAUACCAGACAAGGCUUUCCGAAUGUCAACUGCCUGGUCAUGUCCGCGGUAUCUGUACCUUAUUAUUCUCAUAAAUUUCAUUGAGUAGCAAUAUGUUGCCUUCGCCUAGCCAUUCAUUUGUAAUAAUGUUGUAGAAAAUUUCAAUGUUUACGUUACCGCACGUAUUAGUAGUAUAUAUCUUCUUUACACGACAAAUUGCUUGUCUCUAGCCUCAUUUUCAUGCCUAUCGUGCAGUACA